AUGAGAGCAAGCGACUGGAUCAUCUACAGCGUCGAGGCUGAGCUCAUUGAGAAAAUCGUCGCCGAGUAUGGUCCGUCAACCAAAGUUGGCGCUAUAGUUGGUGGACAGACCUCCUGUAAAGCCCCCGAGCUGGCUGCGUUUGAUAAGUAUCUGCCCGGUGAUGUUGAAAUCGUCUCUUGCCAUUCCCUACAUGGGCCAGCAGUAGACCCAGCGGGUCAGCCUCUUGUGGUCAUCCAACACCGCGCGACACAGAAGAGUGUCGAUCUCUGUGUUCGGGUCCUAUCUUGUCUGAACUCGACUUUCGUCUUCCUCUCGGGCGAAAAGCAUGAUCGGAUCACAGCAGACACACAAGCUGUCACGCAUGCGGCCUUUCUGAGCAUGGGCACGGCAUGGGCAGCAAACAAUCAGUUUCCCUGGGAGAUCGACCGAUACGUCGGGGGCAUUGAGAACGUCAAGAUCAACAUCACGUUGCGAAUCUAUGCAAACAAGUGGCACGUCUACGCUGGUCUCGCAAUCCUCAACCCUGCCGCUAAGCAGCAAAUUCGCCAGUAUGCCCAGUCGGUCACAGAACUCUACAAGCUCAUGCUGGGCGGUCACCGAGAGGAGUUAUCUCGCAGGAUCAAGACUGCAGGUGCCGCUGUGUUCUCCAAAGACGCAGCGAAUCAGAAUCUGUUGCUGGGCGAUGAAGUACUGGACAAGUUCUCGCUCUCGAAAAGACCAGAUAAAAGAACGCCAAACAACCACCUCAGCCUGUUGGGCAUUGUUGAUUGUUGGUGGAAACUCGGCAUUGUCCCGUACGACCAUAUGAUUUGUUCUACACCUCUAUUCCGCAUAUGGUUGGGCGUUACCGAAUAUCUCUUUCGCAAUGAGACCAUGCUGGAUGAGGUCAUCAACACAGCGAUCGAGGAUAACACUUUCCGUUCAGACGAUCUCGAAUUCACUUUCGCGGCAAGAGCGUGGUCCGACUGUGUCUCGUUUGGCGCAUUUGAAGCUUAUCGCGACCGAUUCGAGAGCAUCCAGCAAUACUUUGCUCCCCGGUUCCCCGACGCUGUAAGACUUGGGAACGAGAUGAUCAAAGAGAUCAUGUUGAAGACGAGUUGA